GACAGAUCCAAUGUUACAGAAUUAGGGAAUUAGCAAGUGUCUGGUUUGACAUGUGGAAGGAACAGCAAAAGACUCUAUGUGUUGAUACCUUUGAGUAUAACUUUGUGUACAUGUACUGUAUAUGAGUACAUGAGACCUCUGAGGACAGUACCCGCACCUGGUUUUUGCGUAUGAAGUACUGGUACAUGUGACAUGAUGCGAUCACCAUCGUAUGAACAUAUCAGUGGGUCCAAAGGGUUUCAAUUUCCAGUCGUCAGUAAAUGUGAUGCGUCAAAAGCAAAUGAAGGGAAGACAUUGAAACUGCCUGUUCGUCUUCGGGAAGAUCUUUAUUUGGACGUGGCCGACAAUGCCAUGGGUGAGCAGGUUUGUCCGUAUAAAGUCCUGGACGUAGCUCAGUUACUACAGGCCAGAUACGCUUUCAUCUCAGGUGGUAAAGACAAGAAUGGUUGUCCUGUGCUAACGUUUCCAGACAACCCUCAGCUAGGGGAGGUGUCAGAUGAGGAUUAUAAGAAAGUCAUCACAUAUCUCGUGAAUGUACCUGCAUUGUUUGAUGCCGAUCUUGGAUUUGCCAUUGUUAUCGAUCGACGGAAAGAAGGAUGGGGGUCCGUCAAAACAGUCCUACACAAGAUUUCUACAUUUUUUCCCGGCAAAAUACAAACUGUGUUUGUCCUCAAACCUACAGGAUUUCUGGCAAGAGCAUUUUCUGACUGGAGGUCAAAGUUCAAGGAUGGUUUUGAGUUUAAGGUUGUUGUGUGUGCCACCCCAGAAGAACUUCAUGAGUACAUUGACCCAGGUCAGCUAACACUGGACGUAGGCGGAGAUAUCAUCUACGAUCACAACGAAUGGAUCCAGGAUCGAUCAGCUAUUGAAAAAUUUGAAUCAAACACGUCCAAAAUCGCCCAAGUGCUACAUAAGCUGUCAACUCGCUAUGAGGAGAUGGAACUGCCAAACAACGUGGAGGGAACAGAAGCCCUGAUGAAGGACACCUUCCUGGAACGGAAAGAAAUGCUGGAAGAUUUGACAAGUGCUACCCAUCAUGGAGGAACCAUUCUGGCCUGCGUCAAGGGAGACAACCCACAUACCCCUCUGGUCAAAGUUGUCCAUGUAGUGGCCUUAGAAAGGUUAUUGGUGCAAUUAGAAGAAACGCAGAAAUCUUUUGACACAUUUUGGAAUCAGCAUGAGAAAAAACUCCGCCAGUGCCUGCAGCAGAGAAAGUUCGAAGAGAAGUUUAAACUGCUGCAGUACUCAGUGGAGCGUCAUGUGGAGUGGUUAGAAACCAGGGUGUCGGAGACAGGUGAGACAUUACAAGGUGUGUCCACUCUUAUAGAACAGCUGGACAAGUUUGAGGAGGAGUCCAAGGCUGACAUUGAGAAGGCGGAGCGACUCCAAGACCAAGGGGAACAACUCAUCCUGGAAGACCACUACGCUGUAGACUGUAUCCGACCAAAAUGUAUCGAACUUCAACGAAUGUGCGACCAGUACAAGCAGUUGUUACGGCGAAGACGCGAAAUCCUGGAGCGAUCACAUGACCUUCAGGAUCGUAUUGAAAGGGCAAACAGAUGGUGCACCCGAGGCGUGGAUUUGCUGGCUACUCAGCAGAUUGAAAGAUUCCAGACACAGGAAGGGGCGGAGCAAGCUUUGACAGACAUCGAGAACUUUAUGGUCACCUCCGCAGAGCUGAAACUCAGCAACCCUAAAGAGUUCCGUGCCUUGUUUGAGAGUAUGAUCACCCCAGAAACAAAGGCUGUCGUCCAGUCUGUUUUAAAGAGAAUCGAAGAUGUAUCCGACAUGUGCAGCAAGCGCAAAAACAGCCUUCAGAGAAUGACGACACGACAGCGACCCGUGCAGCCUGUAACCCCUGACCUCAGAGCUCCGCCAAAAUCACCUGUAACAACCUCAGAUGGAGAACUGAAGAGCAAAAAGGCUUCAGAACUGAGUGGGUCCAAGAAAAAUAUUUACGAAAAAUCUGCUAGGUUACGAGUGGACAUCCAGCACCCUGGUCACCUUGGCAACCCAAGCCCCUCCUCUGAUGUGUCAUCCUCAAGGUCACAUUCCAAUUCCAGUUUGAAUGACCUUGACACCCUCAAUGCCAAGAGGAGGCAUGUUAUGAAUGAAUUGAUUGACACAGAGAGAACAUAUGUAACGGAAUUAGAUGACAUUUUAAGGGGCUAUUAUUAUGAAAUUGAUAAUCCCAACAUGAAAAUACCUCCAGUGUUAAAAGGCAGAAGGGAUGUUUUAUUUGGAAAUCUCAACCAGAUAUUUUGUUUUCAUAAUGAUAUAUUUAUUCAAGAUUUAGAGGACUGUAAAGAUACUCCAGGGUUGGUCGGAAAAUGUUUUGUUAACAGGAAGGAAGAGUUCCAAAUGUACAGCACAUAUUGUCAAAACAAGCCCCAGGCUGAGGCCUUGCGCAUGGAGGUUGGGGAUAACCAUCCGUUUUUCAAGGACUGUCAGCGACGUUUGGGUCACAAACUGCCAUUAGGAGCUUACCUGUUAAAACCUGUACAGAGGAUUACCAAAUACCAGCUCCUGUUAAAGGAGAUGCUAAAGUACACGGAAGAUGACCCAGAAUGUGAAGCGGAACUGAAGGAAGCUCUGAACACCAUGCUGGGUCUGCUCAAAUAUGUCAACGAUCUCAUGCAUCAGGUUGCCAUCAAAGGGUUCCCUGGCAAGCUAGCAGAUCAGGGUAGACUACUCAUGCAGGGUAGUUUUAAUGUAUGGACAGAGCAUAAGAAGGACAAAAUCAAAGAUCUGCGGUUCAAACCCCGACAUCGGCAUAUAUUUUUGUACGAGCGGUCCAUAAUGCUGUGUAAAAAGAGAGAUGAUGUUCAACAUGCAGAGAGAGCUGUGUAUAGCUUUAAAAAUUUGCUAAAGACUUCCCAAGUUGGACUGACUGAAAGUAUAAAAGGUGACAAGAAGAAGUUUGAGCUGUGGUUACCUGGUCAUGAAGAAGUCUACACAAUACGGGCUCCAAACAUGUCUGUCAAGGAAGAGUGGGUGAAGGAGAUCAAAAAGGUGCUACUGAACCAGUUUGAUCAAAUUAAAGUGCGAAGACGGUCCUACCAGCAAAUAAGAGAAGAAGAUUUGAUUAAAGAUCCCGUUGUCAAGGGAACAGAAAUAUCAAUGGACAGUGAAUGUAUAGAGUCCAGUUGGAAGUCAAGUCAAGGAAACAACAAUUACGGGCCUUCAAGUCGUAUAGGUCAGGAGAUGAUCAUCUCCCCGCCUCUAGACCCUCAGGAAGAUGAUCAGGGCUGGUCCAGUGGGGAGUUCUCAAACAGUGAAGAAGAGGUGUGGUCUCAUGAUGCUGUGGCUCCACAUGAGGGGGGAUCAGAGCACGGUUAUUGUGAGCCGGCUUACCUGCAGCAGUUCUCCUGCCUGGCAGAAUACAUACCCAUGGACACAGGAGAAUUGUCCCUGAAGGAAGGAGAUGUGCUGGAAAUCUUAAGAGUGGGGACGGAGGGCUGGUGGUAUGCUCAGAACCCCAUCACAGGAAUGGAAGGUUGGGUACCAGCCAGCUAUCUGGAACCUGUCCCUAAACGCAGUUCUCGCUCUACGCUGUCAACAUCUAGCUUAGAUUCCUGGAGGAAAGGUGCCAGUCGAAACAGCCUCAACAGUGCAACAAGUCCCGGUGAAGAAACAACCGUGUGACAGUGGAGAGAAAAAUUGUCUAAAAUAUUUGUCAUUUGGUCAAGACUUUCAGGGUGCCAUGGUCAAGCACUAGUCAUGUUUCCACAGUGCAAAAUCGGUGUCUUCAUAAUUCGUGUCUUGAUGGAAGCUGUUUUGUAAUUCCUUUUGUCUAGAGAUGAAGUGUGUUUCCCAACAUGCACCAGCCAUGAGACCAUUUCCUAUUCAUAUCUCCAUGGUAACUGGGGCUCUGUUGUCACAGCAAUGACAAAAUGGAAAUAAUGAUGGAUUACAAUAAAUUUCCAAAUUUAUACUCAGACUAUGUGAUGUUGUUACGUACAUGUUUUAUCAUCAUGCACUUUUGUAGUUUUCUAAAUUAUUGUUGACAUUUUGUUAAGUUGUGACUCAUGUUUGGGUAAGAAAAAAAAGUUAUUGCAGUCUUGUUUUAGUCUAAGCUACAAAUGUGGUAAUGGGCCAUCGGUCAGAAUACAGAGAUAUGCUGAAAUGCAUUUUGUUGCCGCUAUUUGUUGAAUGAAGGCAUUCCAAAAAAUUUGGUGUUGACGGCAAUGAUUCCAUAUUAACAUUUUAGUCCUUUUUAAGACAUGUUGGUAAAUUUAUUUCCAAGGUGUUUCUGGCAGACCUAUCCUUCGCAAUGUCAUCAUCAACGACUGUAACUGAUGAAGUCUACAAUAUAUUCCUUCAGUUAACCACUAUGCUGAACUAGUCAAUAAAAUAUUGUAAAACAUAUGACAUAAUAUUUAUUCAUUUGUACUGGUGACAUAUCUAGUUACGGCAUUGCCUCAGAAUACUGUCCAUAUGUACUUUACAAUUACAAAGAAUAUCAUUGUUCACACUAUUGAUUGUUAUAUGACGUUGAUGCAACAAUCAUGGACACUUGAUUGUAAUGUCAUAUUGUUGAUAAAGCAGUCAUGGAACAGUGUUCAUUGUGUGUGGAAUAUGACAUUGUGAAUACGGCAAUCAUGCAACACUGUUGAUUAUAAUAUGACAUUGUUGAUACAGCAGUCAUAGAAAACUAUAAUUUGACAUUCUGGAUACGAGUAUGUGAUUUACGGCA